AUGUACGACGAGGCCCAAGAGCUGCAAGCGGAGGCGCACGCCUACGAGCGCGAGCUACAACAGCGGCAGGGGGAUCGCGCAGGCACACUGCGCCGCUUUAAGCGGGUGAAGCAGCGGGAGGCCUGGAACGUGGCGUGCGCGCAGAUCGAGCUGCAGCGAGCACAGGCGGAGGAGCUAUUGGAGGAUGCCCUCGAUGAUGCUGAGGCGUUGUGCAGCGCGCAGCUGGAGAUGCAGAAGGCGCGAGAGAAGGAGGAGGAGGAGAAGGAGACGGAGGCGGAGAAGCAGCGGCGACGGCGGGCCAUCAGCCGCCUGGGCAAGCAGCUGGCGGCCAGCGCUGGAGAGGAGGUGACGAAGGAGCGCUUCGGGAUCUCGCAAGACAGUCGACUGCUGGAGGCUAUGGCAGGCCUGGAGACCUUGGUGGGGCAGCGGUACCUGUCGGGAGGCAAGACCUUGACGGAUCUCAAGGAGCUGGGCAUCGACGUGCCGGAGCCGGAGCCGGAGAAUCCGCAGUGA